AACAGUCUUUUGAUUAUGGUAUAGUCUUAUGUAGAUAAUACAUGUAUAGUAUCUUUAGUUUUCUUUUGGAUGUAAAUAAAAAUUGUGAACCACGUGCUCCAAUAAUUUAUUUAAAGUUUUUUAUUAAUCAUUUUUAUAAAAGAAUAAUAUAUAUUUAAAAAAUGGUAGUAAUGACAGAUAUAAAUGUGUCUGAAUUCAUCGAGUCUCAUGAAUGGGCGAAAAAAUUAAGUCUAACUCAUGUUGAUGAGAUAAAAUAUUUUUUAAAUAGUGAUCCAGCAUUAUCAUUAUCUCAUAUAUUACUUUUUGCUCUAAAAUCAUUUAAAUCAUCACCAUCAACGAUCGAUUUAAUUCACAGAAAUGUUCUUGAUUUCAUAUCAGAUCAUUAUGAGAUAAAAAUACAGGUUCUUAAUUACUUUUUACAACAUUUAGAUGACACUAUACUAGAUGUUUCAAAUGAAAUAAAUGGCAUCAAUUUAUUAAAAUAUCAUCAUCAAAUAAUUGAUGAAAUACUUUCUCAAAAACAUCUGAAUGCCUGCAGCUAUGACUGUCUUACUGAAUUUGUGAAAUACAAUCCAUUAAUUAUUGAAGAAAAGUUACCAAAAAUAUUCAAAAAAAUAUUACGUACAAAAAAAGAAACUCAGGAAGAGCAAGCAUCGUAUGUGUUACUAUUGUCUGAAAUUUUAUAUGGUUGUAAUCGUAUCAAACGAGAAAUAAAACUUAUCCCAUGGAUACUGAUGGCUGUAGAUAAAAAUUCUAAGAAGAAAAAUUUCUGUGAUCAAAUUGAUGAUGUUUUACCUGAAGAGCUCUUAAAUAGAUUUACUACAGUAGUCUCUAGUAUGACUAAUGCUCAAAUUAUUAAACUUUUAAUAAGUUUUAUUUAUCAUUUAAAACUAAUUGAAUCAAAAGAAAGUAAUCCAUUAAUAUCAAUACAAAUCAUGAGUAAAUUAAUUGUUGCAUUUUUCGAUGGUGUUCAUCUAUUUGAUAAUAGUACCUUAAAUAUGCAACAAAAAUUUGUAAAUUGUCUUACAAAAUUUGGACACGUUUUAGAAAAUUUAAACAUAUCUACUGCUUCGAUAGAUAGUAGAGAAAUUUUUAUGGUAUCAUUUUUAAAAAUCAUUAACUCUUGGGAAGCUAUGGUUGCAUUAAUUAAGAAAUAUGCACCAGAUGCAUUCACUGAGGAUUCGAUGUCUUCUAUGACAAAAAGUGUUCAAAGUAUUCAUGAAAUAAUCGAUCGUCAAAAUUUGAAUCAAUGUGGAGAUCAAAAUUUAAUGAAAUGCUAUGUAUCCUGUAAACUAGAGGAAAGAAGAAUUCAUGACAAUCCUCCAUUGGUAGAGAAUGAUAUUGAAAUAUUAAAAAAUAUUGAUACUUACUGGGAAAUAUUGUUCGACAAAUAUCCUUAUUUGAUACUUCAUUUUAAUGAACUACAAAUUGAAUCUUUGGCAAAUCUCUUGAUCACUAAUACUCAAUUCGAUCAAAAUAAUAUUUUAGAUUCUACAUAUAUCACCCAUGUUUCUGUACAAAAUAAUGAAAAGUUAGUAAAUGAAUUAAUAUAUUUCAUUCUUUGUAAUAUAUCUUUAAAAUUGAACGAUUCAUCAACUAUGACCAAAAAAUUGUUAAAAAUUAUGGUAAAAAAAAAGUGGGAAGAUAAAAGGCUGGAUAAAAUUUUUGAAAGCUGUAAAGAGUUGCUUUCGAACGAAAUAGAAUGGAUACAAAUAAAUGACGAAUCUAUGACUGUUAUUACUCAAUAUUUACAAAUACUUUUGGUACUACCAUUAAUUUACAUUAAUAUUAAGCUAAAGACGUUUAUAUUUUUAAUUAUUUUUACAAUUGGGAAAGAAUCUGAAAAAUCAAAGGAAAUUGGCCAAUUAUGCUUGCAAAUUUUGUCAGACAUUUCAGAAAACGGGAAAAUUGAUAUCUUACAGUAUAUUUCAUCUGAAAACCUCAUUAGUGAGCUUCCAAAAUAUCCUCCAAUUAUAAAACACCUUCAAUGUUCCUUGAAAAACGUAUCAAAUUAUCAAAAAGUUGCAACAUUCAUUAAAAAUAAUAAAAAUAUAGAACAUUGUGCUGCUCCUAUAUUAAUCGACUGUAUUGAAAAUAUUAAACCAAGAUUAAAGGUUAAUGAAAAACGUAUUGCCAGGAAAUUGGAAAAAAAAUUGUCUAAAAGAAUUUUAAAAGCUCUACAAAGUGGUGUCAAAACUCCUUAUGAAGUUAAAUGCCUUACAGCUGCAAUCAAAGUUGCUGUUGUAUCAGAACAAGUGGAUGAAUCUUUAGUAGAAAAAAUUAACUCAACUUUAGAUACAAUUUUUAAUGUUUGUAAAAAUGAACCACAAGAUAUAAAUAUCAAUCCACUAGUUGAAGAAGGUUUGAAAUUAAUUGAAGUAGUUCUUUUACAUCAAUCUCAAAUACCCAUUGAUAAAAAAAUCGGCAAAGGAAUUUGGCGUUUGAUGUUGAAAAAUGUAUCUGAGAAUAUUAUCAAGAAUUUAUUUAGCAUUACGAGUCCAAAACUUCUGAAGAAAAUUUUAACUUUAUUAAAAAAACAAAUCAUAUUAGCACACCGAAAACAAGAUGAUCCACUUCUAACGAACUCUCUACAGAUCUGGUGUAGCAUCGCUUAUGCACAAAUAGGCAUUCGUUCAAAUAUGAUCCGUCACAGUUAUUUACAAGCUUUUUUAAGGUAUUUCUCUACAUCAACAAUAUCACAUGAUCAUUAUCUUACAGUUUUGAAAAUUUGUGAGUUCUCAAUACGUGCAAAAAAAUCACAAUUUCCUGAAAAAACUAUUGACUUAGUACUGCUGAUUUUGAACGAUUUCAUCAAUGAUCCAAGUAAACUGACUGUUACCCUAUGUGAAGGAAUUUUAGAAGUUUGUUCAGUUUUUGUAAGAUUUCGAGCAAGUAUAAUAACAGAACGAUUACCAGCAUUAUUAUACGUUUACCGCAAAGUAUUGAAGUUUAUAGUUGAUGAAUCUAGAAAAUGUCCUACAGUUAAGCAACGAGAACUUGAAUGUUGUUGUUUAAAUGCACAAAAACUUACAUCGAUUCUUGUCAAAUCAAAGAAAGAUAUCGCUCGAAUAAGUGCUUAUACAAUUGCUGAUUUAAUUGAAAUUUAUGCUGAUGGAGUUGUACCUGUCUACAUCAAAGAACCACUAACUGAAUGUAUCAAUAUGUUCUUCAGUAUUUGUGAUCAACAUGCAAUAUCUUUAUUACUAAGAGCUUUACCUAUAUCCAUGCAGGAGAUAUGCAAAACACUAUAUUCUACGUAUACUAAGUUUUAUAAAUUCACGGGCAAAAUAUAAAUUGUAUUAUUAGAAAUGUUUUUUAUUUAUAUUAAAACUUAAAAUAAAUUGAUAUAAAUUUUUCACACUGAAA